AUGAAGGCGCUAUGGUCGUCAAUCGGGAAUGCCGAAUCAGUAGAGCUGCCUCCAUCCAUUAGGGGGCGUCUCAUGCUUGAUGAACUUUCCGCUCUUUCAAAGCGGUUGACUACGAUGUUGUGCAUCACUGCCUCUGCUGCUCCAUCACUGCCUCUGCUGCUCCAUCACUGCCUCUGCUGCUCCAUCACUGCCUCUGCUGCUCCAUCACUGCCUCUGCUGCUCCAUCACUGCCUCUGCUGCUCCAUCACUGCCUCUGCUGCUCCAUCACUGCCUCUGCUGCUCCAUCACUGCCUCUGCUGCUCCAUCACUGCCUCUGCUGCUCCAUCACUGCCUCUGCUGCUCCAUCACUGCCUCUGCUGCUCCAUCACUGCCUCUGCUGCUCCAUCACUGCCUCUGCUGCUCCAUCACUGCCUCUGCUGCUCCAUCACUGCCUCUGCUGCUCCAUCACUGCCUCUGCUGCUCCAUCACUGCCUCUGCUGCUCCAUCACUGCCUCUGCUGCUCCAUCACUGCCUCUGCUGCUCCAUCACUGCCUCUGCUGCUCCAUCACUGCCUCUGCUGCUCCAUCACUGCCUCUGCUGCUCCAUCACUGCCUCUGCUGCUCCAUCACUGCCUCUGCUGCUCCAUCACUGCCUCUGCUGCUCCAUCACUGCCUCUGCUGCUCCAUCACUGCCUCUGCUGCUCCAUCACUGCCUCUGCUGCUCCAUCACUGCCUCUGCUGCUCCAUCACUGCCUCUGCUGCUCCAUCACUGCCUCUGCUGCUCCAUCACUGCCUCUGCUGCUCCAUCACUGCCUCUGCUGCUCCAUCACUGCCUCUGCUGCUCCAUCACUGCCUCUGCUGCUCCAUCACUGCCUCUGCUGCUCCAUCACUGCCUCUGCUGCUCCAUCACUGCCUCUGCUGCUCCAUCACUGCCUCUGCUGCUCCAUCACUGCCUCUGCUGCUCCAUCACUGCCUCUGCUGCUCCAUCACUGCCUCUGCUGCUCCAUCACUGCCUCUGCUGCUCCAUCACUGCCUCUGCUGCUCCAUCACUGCCUCUGCUGCUCCAUCACUGCCUCUGCUGCUCCAUCACUGCCUCUGCUGCUCCAUCACUGCCUCUGCUGCUCCAUCACUGCCUCUGCUGCUCCAUCACUGCCUCUGCUGCUCCAUCACUGCCUCUGCUGCUCCAUCACUGCCUCUGCUGCUCCAUCACUGCCUCUGCUGCUCCAUCACUGCCUCUGCUGCUCCAUCACUGCCUCUGCUGCUCCAUCACUGCCUCUGCUGCUCCAUCACUGCCUCUGCUGCUCCAUCACUGCCUCUGCUGCUCCAUCACUGCCUCUGCUGCUCCAUCACUGCCUCUGCUGCUCCAUCACUGCCUCUGCUGCUCCAUCACUGCCUCUGCUGCUCCAUCACUGCCUCUGCUGCUCCAUCACUGCCUCUGCUGCUCCAUCACUGCCUCUGCUGCUCCAUCACUGCCUCUGCUGCUCCAUCACUGCCUCUGCUGCUCCAUCACUGCCUCUGCUGCUCCAUCACUGCCUCUGCUGCUCCAUCACUGCCUCUGCUGCUCCAUCACUGCCUCUGCUGCUCCAUCACUGCCUCUGCUGCUCCAUCACUGCCUCUGCUGCUCCAUCACUGCCUCUGCUGCUCCAUCACUGCCUCUGCUGCUCCAUCACUGCCUCUGCUGCUCCAUCACUGCCUCUGCUGCUCCAUCACUGCCUCUGCUGCUCCAUCACUGCCUCUGCUGCUCCAUCACUGCCUCUGCUGCUCCAUCACUGCCUCUGCUGCUCCAUCACUGCCUCUGCUGCUCCAUCACUGCCUCUGCUGCUCCAUCACUGCCUCUGCUGCUCCAUCACUGCCUCUGCUGCUCCAUCACUGCCUCUGCUGCUCCAUCACUGCCUCUGCUGCUCCAUCACUGCCUCUGCUGCUCCAUCACUGCCUCUGCUGCUCCAUCACUGCCUCUGCUGCUCCAUCACUGCCUCUGCUGCUCCAUCACUGCCUCUGCUGCUCCAUCACUGCCUCUGCUGCUCCAUCACUGCCUCUGCUGCUCCAUCACUGCCUCUGCUGCUCCAUCACUGCCUCUGCUGCUCCAUCACUGCCUCUGCUGCUCCAUCACUGCCUCUGCUGCUCCAUCACUGCCUCUGCUGCUCCAUCACUGCCUCUGCUGCUCCAUCACUGCCUCUGCUGCUCCAUCACUGCCUCUGCUGCUCCAUCACUGCCUCUGCUGCUCCAUCACUGCCUCUGCUGCUCCAUCACUGCCUCUGCUGCUCCAUCACUGCCUCUGCUGCUCCAUCACUGCCUCUGCUGCUCCAUCACUGCCUCUGCUGCUCCAUCACUGCCUCUGCUGCUCCAUCACUGCCUCUGCUGCUCCAUCACUGCCUCUGCUGCUCCAUCACUGCCUCUGCUGCUCCAUCACUGCCUCUGCUGCUCCAUCACUGCCUCUGCUGCUCCAUCACUGCCUCUGCUGCUCCAUCACUGCCUCUGCUGCUCCAUCACUGCCUCUGCUGCUCCAUCACUGCCUCUGCUGCUCCAUCACUGCCUCUGCUGCUCCAUCACUGCCUCUGCUGCUCCAUCACUGCCUCUGCUGCUCCAUCACUGCCUCUGCUGCUCCAUCACUGCCUCUGCUGCUCCAUCACUGCCUCUGCUGCUCCAUCACUGCCUCUGCUGCUCCAUCACUGCCUCUGCUGCUCCAUCACUGCCUCUGCUGCUCCAUCACUGCCUCUGCUGCUCCAUCACUGCCUCUGCUGCUCCAUCACUGCCUCUGCUGCUCCAUCACUGCCUCUGCUGCUCCAUCACUGCCUCUGCUGCUCCAUCACUGCCUCUGCUGCUCCAUCACUGCCUCUGCUGCUCCAUCACUGCCUCUGCUGCUCCAUCACUGCCUCUGCUGCUCCAUCACUGCCUCUGCUGCUCCAUCACUGCCUCUGCUGCUCCAUCACUGCCUCUGCUGCUCCAUCACUGCCUCUGCUGCUCCAUCACUGCCUCUGCUGCUCCAUCACUGCCUCUGCUGCUCCAUCACUGCCUCUGCUGCUCCAUCACUGCCUCUGCUGCUCCAUCACUGCCUCUGCUGCUCCAUCACUGCCUCUGCUGCUCCAUCACUGCCUCUGCUGCUCCAUCACUGCCUCUGCUGCUCCAUCACUGCCUCUGCUGCUCCAUCACUGCCUCUGCUGCUCCAUCACUGCCUCUGCUGCUCCAUCACUGCCUCUGCUGCUCCAUCACUGCCUCUGCUGCUCCAUCACUGCCUCUGCUGCUCCAUCACUGCCUCUGCUGCUCCAUCACUGCCUCUGCUGCUCCAUCACUGCCUCUGCUGCUCCAUCACUGCCUCUGCUGCUCCAUCACUGCCUCUGCUGCUCCAUCACUGCCUCUGCUGCUCCAUCACUGCCUCUGCUGCUCCAUCACUGCCUCUGCUGCUCCAUCACUGCCUCUGCUGCUCCAUCACUGCCUCUGCUGCUCCAUCACUGCCUCUGCUGCUCCAUCACUGCCUCUGCUGCUCCAUCACUGCCUCUGCUGCUCCAUCACUGCCUCUGCUGCUCCAUCACUGCCUCUGCUGCUCCAUCACUGCCUCUGCUGCUCCAUCACUGCCUCUGCUGCUCCAUCACUGCCUCUGCUGCUCCAUCACUGCCUCUGCUGCUCCAUCACUGCCUCUGCUGCUCCAUCACUGCCUCUGCUGCUCCAUCACUGCCUCUGCUGCUCCAUCACUGCCUCUGCUGCUCCAUCACUGCCUCUGCUGCUCCAUCACUGCCUCUGCUGCUCCAUCACUGCCUCUGCUGCUCCAUCACUGCCUCUGCUGCUCCAUCACUGCCUCUGCUGCUCCAUCACUGCCUCUGCUGCUCCAUCACUGCCUCUGCUGCUCCAUCACUGCCUCUGCUGCUCCAUCACUGCCUCUGCUGCUCCAUCACUGCCUCUGCUGCUCCAUCACUGCCUCUGCUGCUCCAUCACUGCCUCUGCUGCUCCAUCACUGCCUCUGCUGCUCCAUCACUGCCUCUGCUGCUCCAUCACUGCCUCUGCUGCUCCAUCACUGCCUCUGCUGCUCCAUCACUGCCUCUGCUGCUCCAUCACUGCCUCUGCUGCUCCAUCACUGCCUCUGCUGCUCCAUCACUGCCUCUGCUGCUCCAUCACUGCCUCUGCUGCUCCAUCACUGCCUCUGCUGCUCCAUCACUGCCUCUGCUGCUCCAUCACUGCCUCUGCUGCUCCAUCACUGCCUCUGCUGCUCCAUCACUGCCUCUGCUGCUCCAUCACUGCCUCUGCUGCUCCAUCACUGCCUCUGCUGCUCCAUCACUGCCUCUGCUGCUCCAUCACUGCCUCUGCUGCUCCAUCACUGCCUCUGCUGCUCCAUCACUGCCUCUGCUGCUCCAUCACUGCCUCUGCUGCUCCAUCACUGCCUCUGCUGCUCCAUCACUGCCUCUGCUGCUCCAUCACUGCCUCUGCUGCUCCAUCACUGCCUCUGCUGCUCCAUCACUGCCUCUGCUGCUCCAUCACUGCCUCUGCUGCUCCAUCACUGCCUCUGCUGCUCCAUCACUGCCUCUGCUGCUCCAUCACUGCCUCUGCUGCUCCAUCACUGCCUCUGCUGCUCCAUCACUGCCUCUGCUGCUCCAUCACUGCCUCUGCUGCUCCAUCACUGCCUCUGCUGCUCCAUCACUGCCUCUGCUGCUCCAUCACUGCCUCUGCUGCUCCAUCACUGCCUCUGCUGCUCCAUCACAUCACACUGCCUCUGCUGCUCCAUCACUGCCUCUCUUGCUCCAUCACUGCCUCUGCUGCUCCAUCACUGCCUCUGCUGCUCCAUCACUGCCUCUGCUGCUCCAUCACUGCCUCUGCUGCUCCAUCACUGCCUCUGCUGCUCCAUCACUGCCUCUGCUGCUCCAUCACUGCCUCUGCUGCUCCAUCACUGCCUCUGCUGCUCCAUCACUGCCUCUGCUGCUCCAUCACUGCCUCUGCUGCUCCAUCACUGCCUCUGCUGCUCCAUCACUGCCUCUGCUGCUCCAUCACUGCCUCUGCUGCUCCAUCACUGCCUCUGCUGCUCCAUCACUGCCUCUGCUGCUCCAUCACUGCCUCUGCUGCUCCAUCACUGCCUCUGCUGCUCCAUCACUGCCUCUGCUGCUCCAUCACUGCCUCUGCUGCUCCAUCACUGCCUCUGCUGCUCCAUCACUGCCUCUGCUGCUCCAUCACUGCCUCUGCUGCUCCAUCACUGCCUCUGCUGCUCCAUCACUGCCUCUGCUGCUCCAUCACUGCCUCUGCUGCUCCAUCACUGCCUCUGCUGCUCCAUCACUGCCUCUGCUGCUCCAUCACUGCCUCUGCUGCUCCAUCACUGCCUCUGCUGCUCCAUCACUGCCUCUGCUGCUCCAUCACUGCCUCUGCUGCUCCAUCACUGCCUCUGCUGCUCCAUCACUGCCUCUGCUGCUCCAUCACUGCCUCUGCUGCUCCAUCACUGCCUCUGCUGCUCCAUCACUGCCUCUGCUGCUCCAUCACUGCCUCUGCUGCUCCAUCACUGCCUCUGCUGCUCCAUCACUGCCUCUGCUGCUCCAUCACUGCCUCUGCUGCUCCAUCACUGCCUCUGCUGCUCCAUCACUGCCUCUGCUGCUCCAUCACUGCCUCUGCUGCUCCAUCACUGCCUCUGCUGCUCCAUCACUGCCUCUGCUGCUCCAUCACUGCCUCUGCUGCUCCAUCACUGCCUCUGCUGCUCCAUCACUGCCUCUGCUGCUCCAUCACUGCCUCUGCUGCUCCAUCACUGCCUCUGCUGCUCCAUCACUGCCUCUGCUGCUCCAUCACUGCCUCUGCUGCUCCAUCACUGCCUCUGCUGCUCCAUCACUGCCUCUGCUGCUCCAUCACUGCCUCUGCUGCUCCAUCACUGCCUCUGCUGCUCCAUCACUGCCUCUGCUGCUCCAUCACUGCCUCUGCUGCUCCAUCACUGCCUCUGCUGCUCCAUCACUGCCUCUGCUGCUCCAUCACUGCCUCUGCUGCUCCAUCACUGCCUCUGCUGCUCCAUCACUGCCUCUGCUGCUCCAUCACUGCCUCUGCUGCUCCAUCACUGCCUCUGCUGCUCCAUCACUGCCUCUGCUGCUCCAUCACUGCCUCUGCUGCUCCAUCACUGCCUCUGCUGCUCCAUCACUGCCUCUGCUGCUCCAUCACUGCCUCUGCUGCUCCAUCACUGCCUCUGCUGCUCCAUCACUGCCUCUGCUGCUCCAUCACUGCCUCUGCUGCUCCAUCACUGCCUCUGCUGCUCCAUCACUGCCUCUGCUGCUCCAUCACUGCCUCUGCUGCUCCAUCACUGCCUCUGCUGCUCCAUCACUGCCUCUGCUGCUCCAUCACUGCCUCUGCUGCUCCAUCACUGCCUCUGCUGCUCCAUCACUGCCUCUGCUGCUCCAUCACUGCCUCUGCUGCUCCAUCACUGCCUCUGCUGCUCCAUCACUGCCUCUGCUGCUCCAUCACUGCCUCUGCUGCUCCAUCACUGCCUCUGCUGCUCCAUCACUGCCUCUGCUGCUCCAUCACUGCCUCUGCUGCUCCAUCACUGCCUCUGCUGCUCCAUCACUGCCUCUGCUGCUCCAUCACUGCCUCUGCUGCUCCAUCACUGCCUCUGCUGCUCCAUCACUGCCUCUGCUGCUCCAUCACUGCCUCUGCUGCUCCAUCACUGCCUCUGCUGCUCCAUCACUGCCUCUGCUGCUCCAUCACUGCCUCUGCUGCUCCAUCACUGCCUCUGCUGCUCCAUCACUGCCUCUGCUGCUCCAUCACUGCCUCUGCUGCUCCAUCACUGCCUCUGCUGCUCCAUCACUGCCUCUGCUGCUCCAUCACUGCCUCUGCUGCUCCAUCACUGCCUCUGCUGCUCCAUCACUGCCUCUGCUGCUCCAUCACUGCCUCUGCUGCUCCAUCACUGCCUCUGCUGCUCCAUCACUGCCUCUGCUGCUCCAUCACUGCCUCUGCUGCUCCAUCACUGCCUCUGCUGCUCCAUCACUGCCUCUGCUGCUCCAUCACUGCCUCUGCUGCUCCAUCACUGCCUCUGCUGCUCCAUCACUGCCUCUGCUGCUCCAUCACUGCCUCUGCUGCUCCAUCACUGCCUCUGCUGCUCCAUCACUGCCUCUGCUGCUCCAUCACUGCCUCUGCUGCUCCAUCACUGCCUCUGCUGCUCCAUCACUGCCUCUGCUGCUCCAUCACUGCCUCUGCUGCUCCAUCACUGCCUCUGCUGCUCCAUCACUGCCUCUGCUGCUCCAUCACUGCCUCUGCUGCUCCAUCACUGCCUCUGCUGCUCCAUCACUGCCUCUGCUGCUCCAUCACUGCCUCUGCUGCUCCAUCACUGCCUCUGCUGCUCCAUCACUGCCUCUGCUGCUCCAUCACUGCCUCUGCUGCUCCAUCACUGCCUCUGCUGCUCCAUCACUGCCUCUGCUGCUCCAUCACUGCCUCUGCUGCUCCAUCACUGCCUCUGCUGCUCCAUCACUGCCUCUGCUGCUCCAUCACUGCCUCUGCUGCUCAUCACUGCCAUCACUGCCUCUGCUGCUCCAUCACUGCCUCUGCUGCUCCAUCACUGCCUCUGCUGCUCCAUCACUGCCUCUGCUGCUCCAUCACUGCCUCUGCUGCUCCAUCACUGCCUCUGCUGCUCCAUCACUGCCUCUGCUGCUCCAUCACUGCCUCUGCUGCUCCAUCACUGCCUCUGCUGCUCCAUCACUGCCUCUGCUGCUCCAUCACUGCCUCUGCUGCUCCAUCACUGCCUCUGCUGCUCCAUCACUGCCUCUGCUGCUCCAUCACUGCCUCUGCUGCUCCAUCACUGCCUCUGCUGCUCCAUCACUGCCUCUGCUGCUCCAUCACUGCCUCUGCUGCUCCAUCACUGCCUCUGCUGCUCCAUCACUGCCUCUGCUGCUCCAUCACUGCCUCUGCUGCUCCAUCACUGCCUCUGCUGCUCCAUCACUGCCUCUGCUGCUCCAUCACUGCCUCUGCUGCUCCAUCACUGCCUCUGCUGCUCCAUCACUGCCUCUGCUGCUCCAUCACUGCCUCUGCUGCUCCAUCACUGCCUCUGCUGCUCCAUCACUGCCUCUGCUGCUCCAUCACUGCCUCUGCUGCUCCAUCACUGCCUCUGCUGCUCCAUCACUGCCUCUGCUGCUCCAUCACUGCCUCUGCUGCUCCAUCACUGCCUCUGCUGCUCCAUCACUGCCUCUGCUGCUCCAUCACUGCCUCUGCUGCUCCAUCACUGCCUCUGCUGCUCCAUCACUGCCUCUGCUGCUCCAUCACUGCCUCUGCUGCUCCAUCACUGCCUCUGCUGCUCCAUCACUGCCUCUGCUGCUCCAUCACUGCCUCUGCUGCUCCAUCACUGCCUCUGCUGCUCCAUCACUGCCUCUGCUGCUCCAUCACUGCCUCUGCUGCUCCAUCACUGCCUCUGCUGCUCCAUCACUGCCUCUGCUGCUCCAUCACUGCCUCUGCUGCUCCAUCACUGCCUCUGCUGCUCCAUCACUGCCUCUGCUGCUCCAUCACUGCCUCUGCUGCUCCAUCACUGCCUCUGCUGCUCCAUCACUGCCUCUGCUGCUCCAUCACUGCCUCUGCUGCUCCAUCACUGCCUCUGCUGCUCCAUCACUGCCUCUGCUGCUCCAUCACUGCCUCUGCUGCUCCAUCACUGCCUCUGCUGCUCCAUCACUGCCUCUGCUGCUCCAUCACUGCCUCUGCUGCUCCAUCACUGCCUCUGCUGCUCCAUCACUGCCUCUGCUGCUCCAUCACUGCCUCUGCUGCUCCAUCACUGCCUCUGCUGCUCCAUCACUGCCUCUGCUGCUCCAUCACUGCCUCUGCUGCUCCAUCACUGCCUCUGCUGCUCCAUCACUGCCUCUGCUGCUCCAUCACUGCCUCUGCUGCUCCAUCACUGCCUCUGCUGCUCCAUCACUGCCUCUGCUGCUCCAUCACUGCCUCUGCUGCUCCAUCACUGCCUCUGCUGCUCCAUCACUGCCUCUGCUGCUCCAUCACUGCCUCUGCUGCUCCAUCACUGCCUCUGCUGCUCCAUCACUGCCUCUGCUGCUCCAUCACUGCCUCUGCUGCUCCAUCACUGCCUCUGCUGCUCCAUCACUGCCUCUGCUGCUCCAUCACUGCCUCUGCUGCUCCAUCACUGCCUCUGCUGCUCCAUCACUGCCUCUGCUGCUCCAUCACUGCCUCUGCUGCUCCAUCACUGCCUCUGCUGCUCCAUCACUGCCUCUGCUGCUCCAUCCCCUCGCAGGACCAGAGUCGACAGCUACCUCGACAGGCUCGACCGGGUCUACCUGGGACACACCUGAGGGAGCAGCACCCUGGGGAGGGAGGGGGUCUACCGACGGGACACCUGGGGUGA